AAUUACCCGCCAAUCUGCUCAUAAAGGCGGGAAGAGGUGGAGAGUAGAGGAGAAUGUUUCUGAGGACUCCAGAGAUAGUUUGGCAUGGAAAGGAACCUAUAUUUAGUCUAGACUUUCAACAGUGUGGGGAAACAUGGCGACUUGCAUCAGCUGGAGCAGACCACACCAUAAAAAUAUGGAAAGUGGAAAGAGGAGAAGGAGAAGGGAAUUUUGAUCUUCAGUUUCUAUCUAGCCUCGACAGACAUACUAAAUCAGUUAACGUCGUACGUUUCUCACCUAACGGAUCCUACCUAGCCUCAGGUAGUGAUGAUUGCAUGAUCAUUAUAUGGCAGUUGAAUUCUAAAGGAGAGGGAGGGGCAGUUGCUGAAGGUACUUUUAAUCCUGACGAAACUAAUAAAGAGAAUUGGACUGUCCAUAAGAUGUUGAGGGGGCAUAUAGAAGAUGUAUACGAUUUGAGUUGGUCACUGGAUUCAUCUUAUCUCAUUUCUGGAUCAGUUGAUAAUACAGCAAUCAUAUGGAAUGUCACUAAUGGUGAGAAGUUAUCUAUCCUUAAAGAGAGCCAUCAUUACAUUCAGGGUGUGGCGUGGGAUCCUAGCAACAGUUACCUAGCAACGCUCGGAACAGACAGAUCACUGCGACUUUAUAAUAAACUAAGCAAUGAUAAGUAUAAAUGUGUCUUUAAUAUUAGCAAGAUGAGUGAGGACCCAUCACAAGUUAUCAAGUGUUGUAAGAUGUUUCACGACGAAUCAAUGUCAUCAUUCUUUAGGAGGUUAUCAUUUUCACCUGAUGGGAACUUACUAGUUGCCCCUGGUGGCCGUGUAGAAGUUAAUGAUAAAGCAAUAAAUGUUAGCUGGGUAUUCACGAGGUCAAGUUUGCCAAAGCCUGCCCUCUACUUGCCUUGUUCUGAUAAGCCUUCAGUUAUGGUCAAGUUUUGUCCAAUUUUAUUUGAACUACGUGAGCAGUCGCAGACUGCCCCCUCACUGAUUGAUUUACCAUAUCGUAUGAUAUUUGCAAUACUUACACUACAGCAGGUUAUCAUUUAUGACACUCAGCAGUCAAUACCUAUUGGCUAUGUAUCUGAUAUUCAUUAUGCUUCACUCACUGAUGCUACUUGGUCAGCUGAUGGUUCUAUAUUAAUAGUAUCAUCGUCUGAUGGUUUUUGUUCAAUUCUUUCAUUCUCACCCGGAGAACUAGGAACUCCACUUUCCUCCGAUAAAUAUCCCUCCAUUCUUACAAACCCUGGACAGCUGACCACACCUACUCACCACACCCCAACAAACGAGGCACGGAAGCCGAUCAGACGCAUCACACCAAUUAGAAUAGAUACACUAACCAGUCAAACCAGUCAGACAACCACACCCACAAACAAUAAGAAAGCACGGAGAGUUGAAUUAAUAACAUUAAAUUAAUAAUAAUAAUAAUUUGUGAA